AGUUCGGAAUAUUACAAGGACACUGCCCUGCUCUAAGUCGGUCCAAGUUAAACAUCAACAGCCAGGCAGUAGUUCCACACAUCUGCAGCUCGGGGGCCUUGAACCCAGUCCUGGGAGUGCAGUACGUCGCGCCUUCGCGUUAGUCCUAUCAACGAUAUUCGCACCCGCGGCGUAUUGCUCGUCUUCCACACACACUGCAUCUUACAAGCAAAGUAUAACUCAACGGAGUGUGUUCGGUGUGCGCUCGUGUGUGUAUGUGUGUGAGGGAGAGAAAAAAACAGGAGGCGGUUUCCUUUGUUGUGCUGAGGAAUGCGGAAAUGUUGCUGCUCUGUGUCAAACUUCUCUGAAGGGGGUCAAGACACAUUCAGCCAGCGUGGGAAAGGGAAGAAAACGAAGAACAGAAAAUAGAUCGUGCCUUGCAGACAGUCUUCUGUCAUGGAGUAAAAUAUUAGGAAGAAGAAAGGGAAAGAAAAUAACUGUACUUUAAAGGGCUCAUGUACAAAUCUCGAUCUCCCGAAAAAAAAGUUGCAUGUACAUUGGUGUGCGUAUAUGUGGGAAAUGAGUCCACCCCCCCUAAUUUUUUGCUGAUCUGCCUGAAUUCCUGUCGCUGCCGCUGCUGCUGCUAGUGGUGCUACUGGAGAAUGAGGCUGGUCUUUUAUACGGCACGUCUACCUGUGUGGCCCCGGACAGGGACUUCGGAGGAGGAUCACUGAAGUAUUCACAAAGUUCAGUUCAGAAAGCAAGAUCUGCCUCACCGUGCACAAAGACAGAGGAAGAAAGAAAGCGAUUUUACACCGGGAUUGUCGCUUAUAAAAAUAUCGAUCAGAUGCUCAAAGGAAACAUACAGCUGUCCUGAUGCUUUCAAAGUGACAUCUCCUGGGCCCUGAUAGGGAGUGAAGCCGGCUCCGUAGCACAAACGAAAGGAAUGUUUAAUAAGAUGGAUAAGGAAAGUUUAACACCACAGUACGAGCCUGUGGCCGAGAUUGGGGAAGGUGCUUAUGGAAAAGUGUAUAAAGCAAGAGACUUGAAUAAUGGGGGUCGCUUUGUGGCUCUAAAAAGGGUUCGUGUUCUAACAGGAGAGGAAGGGAUGCCAAUCUCCACCAUCCGUGAGGUGGCAGUACUGAGGCAGUUGGAAUCUUUUGAACAUCCAAAUGUUGUCAGGCUCUUUGAUGUAUGCACAGUGUCAAGGACUGAUCGAGAGACCAGGCUGACUUUGGUCUUUGAACAUGUUGAUCAGGAUUUAACUACCUAUCUAGAAAAAGCUCCUGAGCCAGGUGUGCCACCUGAAACAAUUAAGAAUAUGAUGUUCCAGCUGCUACAAGGGCUUGAUUUCCUUCACUCACACAGAGUUGUCCAUCGUGACUUGAAACCUCAGAAUAUUCUUGUGACAAGCAGUGGUCAAAUAAAACUUGCAGAUUUUGGCUUGGCACGCAUCUACAGUUUUCAGAUGGCACUUACCUCCGUGGUUGUCACUUUGUGGUACCGGGCACCAGAGGUUCUCCUGCAGUCUAGCUAUGCUACACCCGUUGAUCUUUGGAGUGUUGGCUGCAUAUUUGCGGAGAUGUUCAGGAGAAAACCACUCUUUCGGGGAAACUCUGAUGUUGACCAGUUAGGAAAAGUAUUUGAUAUCUUUGGACUUCCAUGUGAGGAAGACUGGCCCAGCGAUGUUGGACUUCCAAGAAGUGCAUUUGGUGCAAGACCUCAGUGCUGCAUUGAAGAUUUUGUACCAGACAUUGAUGAAUUAGGAAAGGAUCUGUUACUUAAAUUUUUGACGUUCAAUCCAAAAAAGAGGAUAUCUGCCUAUGAGGCUUUAGAACAUCCAUACUUUCAAGACUUGGAGAGUUACAAGAAGUUGUACUCACAAAACUCUACCAGUCAGUCAUCUUCUGAGAAGAAUGCUGCUUAAAGUGGAGGCUCUUUCAGAUGAAAGAAGCAUGUGCUUUUCCUGGAGGUUUAUAGAAAGUGAUUAUUUGAUCAGAGGAAAACGCUCCAAAUGUGCUUGUUUAACUAAAAAAUGUCUACUACACAAUCCCAUGCUGCUUUUCAUACAAUGUCAGAAGUCUCGAGGGAGGUGCUGUUAUUUUGUUUUCUCAUCAACGCAAACCCCACUGCAGCUCAAAUUUUGCCUGGAAUUUUUCUGGAGUUAAGAAGCUGCUCUCACAAAACACAACUGCCACUUGGUUCCAUAGACGAAAGCUGCCAACCUGCUUCUGGAUGUAUAAUCAUGAUCACUGCCAGUAUUUCCCAACAUCCUUGCAGUGGCAGCUGCUAAAGUUCUGCUUGGUACCGUUUACUUGCAUUUGGCACUAAAUAACUGGGUUUAUAUGAAUUUAAUUUAAUAUUAUCUUUUUUAUGUUCAUGCAUAAUAUGCGGAAAUAAUUGCUGCAAAAAAUUUAAAUAUUCGUGAUGUUAAAAUGUGCCAUUUUGUUAUUUAAAAGAAGAGGACAAGGUUUCCUAAUUGUGGAGGUCAGAGAAGUUGCAUUUUUCAUUAUAAGUGAAAUAUGAAUGAAUGUGAAUUGUGUUCAGUAAAAACAUAAGUAGUAUAGUAUUUCACAAAAUCUUAACAGGAAAGAAGAAUACAUCUCAAAGCAAUUUGAUAUGUAAAAGAAAUAGACAAUAUAUAAGCAUACAUUUAGUUACUCUCUAUAAAUGCUCAAAACAGAUGUGGUUCACCAAUAGCAGAACACAGUUGUUAUACGAGAAAUGAAUUUAAGCGCAAGUAGUCCAUGUCAAGCUCUUGUAGGAAUAGCAAACAUACAGCUAUGAUAAAUUUCUGUCUACAUAUAACAUUUCCAUAUUAUUUUUCUCUUAAUUUAUUCUUUAAAAAUUAAAAGAUAUUGCUAAUGCCGUUAAUAUUUCUUUGGACACAUUUUGCACCUUGAAUAGUUUUUGGGUAAUAUGCUGAAAUGAAAAAUGUAUCAUGAUGUCUACUAGUACUGAAUUGAUUGGGUGUCAGAAAAUUUCAUAUUUUGUUAUGCAAUUGUUUUUUUUUUUUUUUGGGCCACAUUCUGACCUUUCUGUUGAAAACUGUGCUUUUCAUGAAUUACUUGAUGAAUUUUAUUUAUAAUUAAGGUCAAAUUAAUCAGUAGUAGUUCUAAUAUUUUACAGUAACUUCUUUUGUGACUGGAGCAUAUUUGAUGACUGCCAUAGAUAAUAUUUUCUGUUAAUUUCAGAAUAACAUUCAUUCAUUCUCCAGCCCGCUAUAUCCUAACUACAAGGUC